GACUCAUGUCAAAAAUGUUCCCCUUCAUAUGAAACCUGAAAAUCUGCAACAUCUCUUCAGUGAAUAUGGGAAAGUUCUAAGUGUUUACGUCCGAAAGCACAAACCAGAGCAGAGUAAUUUUAGGACCACCUGGGCGAUCAUCAAGGUGGAGAGUAUGAGAGAAGUAAUUGCUAUGAUUGGUGGACUGAAUGAUAAGCCUCCCUUGAAUCUGAAAGUAGAGUUAUCACUAACUGAGGAGGAACGCGCAAGAAGACGUAGGGAGAAGGACCUGGAGCAGCAGUAUCAGCAAGAGAUGGAAGAAGUAACUGCUAGUCGCAUAGGUGCCUCCUCUGUCCCAGUGCAGGGUGGUAUAGGGGCUAAACAACAAACUCCAUGGGAAGUACAGACGAAAGGGGCAGGAAGAGGAAGAGUACUUUCAUCGAUGUAUGAGAGUAGCAAUCCUGGGAUUGGAGAGAGAGUUAAUAAAUCUAGUCCAUAUAGUAAAGGAUUGUCUGAUCAAAGGUAUGAGUCACCAGCAUCGAGAUCCUCGGAGGUCAGCAAGCCAGUAGAUGAUGCAGUUGUGGAGAUAGGCUGUGGUAGUGUGGCUGUGGGAUACAGGCGACCACGACCUUGCGUAGCCUGUGGUGUCUUGGGUCAGCUGAGAUGCUCGGUUUGCAAGGCUUGGUACUGUGGAAAACUCUGCCAGGUGGAUGACUGGUUUUAUCACAGGGAAAAGUGUUCCCCUCCACCCCCUUUAGAAGAUGCAGACAGCUACAGCAAUUACCUUCUCUUGGAUAGCCAAAAGAAACACAUCAGUGAAGUCAGUCAAUCCAUGCAAAGCAAAGGGAACAUAGGGAAUGAACAUAGGCUAUUGGCUCCAGACAUUCAGAAUCCUUCAUUUUCCAACAAUGAGGAUGAUGGUCCAGUGCCCAGCGAGACUAUUAGAAGUAUUUCCCAGGAAGCUGUGGGAACUUCUUUUAACCAGAAUGGUCAAGAUGCUAAAAUUUCAGCGGGAUGGAAAGAGCAGGAUUAUUCGACAAAUACGAAAGAUACCAGGUUGAAUCACGUCUCAGAGAAAGGGAUGUCAUCCCGGAAGAUUAAUGGACACAGUCAGAAAAUUCCCACAGGUAAAUUAAGGAGGCCAUACCAUGCCAUUGAUGAUUUUGGCAAUGGAGAACCUAGUGUCAGUCCAGUUAAAGAUGCAAGGGAAGGGAGCCAGAAUAGCUCUGCUGAUCAGUUACUAAAUGGCUCAAGAAGUGAAGAGGUCAUCACUCCGGACACCAAGUCUCUUUCCGCCAAUAAAGUGGAGAAAUCAAAUGUUACAGAAACUCAAGAAACCACUCUCAGCAGACUUAGUAAUGGUCCUCCAGCUACGUUAAGCAAUGGUAGUCUACCUCCUGAGCAACGUACUCUAGCUGAAAAGGUUCAGGUUGGCUGCGAGUACCAAGGAGCUAUCAUAUCCAACAAAGGUGACUACAGAACCUUCACAUUAACCUUGAUGGUGGAGUCAUCAGAUAGUGUUCUUGACCAAGUGCUAGAGGUUCUUCCUAGCAUACCCAUGGAUCCAGACUUCAAAGCUGUGCGUGGUUCUCUAGUUGCUGCUUUAUCCAAGCAGGAUGGGUCAUGGUAUCGUGCAUAUGUUCAUGAUAUAGAGGAAGGGGAGUACAGUGUGUGUCAUAUUGAUUUUGGAGAUGUGGAGAAGGUUGAAAAAGUCAAAGCUUUGCCUCCAGGACCUUUGAAAGAUUUUCCUGGCCACUCUAUGAUUGGAAAAUUGCAUGCUUUGGUAAGGCCUGAGUAUCAGAAAGAACUGGAGGCUCUUAUUGUUCCCGACAAGCAGAUAACUAUCCAGGUAAUGGGUAAGAAAACAAGCUCUCUCAAGGUUGGAGUUAAAUCUGAGAAUUCUGGCGAGAUAUUGGCAUAUUAUAUUUUACGGUCAUGGUACACUGGCCUCCCAAAUCUUGCACACCAAAUCACACCCACAGGAAGUUUUUAUGAUGUAGAAGUGAAUAAUAAUUCAAAAAGCUCUCCCAUCAAAGGCUCUGCACCUCAUGAAACUCAUGUAGCCACCACAAAACAGACAUCAGAGAGGGCUGCAGAUGUAUGUCAAUUUAUUCCCCACUCAGUAUUAGUUUCUGGGGUUGUGAAAGAGAAAGGAAAUGAUCUCCUCAACACUGGGAGCAGAGUGGGAGGAACACACAAAAAAUUAGAAAUUGACAACAAGACAGACAAGCCUUUGGAACAUUCCUCUCCUAAAUCCAUGGGUGAUAUGCAAGAGACCUCUCAACCAGACAGAACCAUAGGUGAUGGUGAAAGUAAGCAAGGAAGUGGUGGACUCUCAACUCCUAAAGGCAAAUUGUCUGGUAUCACCAAUAAGUUUUGGGCACGGGAUCUACCAUCCAUCAGUGCUGAACCAGGGAAAGAAUAUACAGUCCUUCCGAUAUGGUUAACGGAGGAUAACAUGUUGUAUGUGCAGAUUGUGUCUGAGAGCACUGUAGAUGCUUUUGGGAAACUGCUGUAUGAUAUGAAUACCCACUGUGAGAAAGGCAAAGUUCCUGACAGCAUCACUGUAGGUGAAAUAGUUUGUGGAUAUGUUAUGAGUGAAGAGAUGUGGUACCGCUGUGAAGUGCUGGCAGUUAAUGACCAACAGAUUACAGUUCACCUUUGCGAUUUUGGCAACCAAGAGCAGAUUCACAAGGAGAGCAUUCGGGCCUUUACAAGCAAUUUCAUGAGAGAUCAGAGAUUCUGUAUGAAGGUGAAAUUGGCUGGAGUGUCAAAGUAUGAUUCCGUUGCAAGAACAAAGUUACAGGCUCUUAUAGAUGGCCAGAAGCAGCUUCUGUUGUAUUCUCGAGGAAUGGAACCUUUAGAGUUUGAGCUUUUUGAUGCUUCUGGAAGAAAUGUGUUAACAGAGGAAGAACUAAAUAAAGAGGAUAGAGCUGAUGCGACAGUGGUCAGUGAAAGCACAUCUGCAGCCAAUGUUUCCUUGUCAUCAGGCAAGCCCUCUCCUUUGGGAAACAGUGAGCCAAACGGUCAAGCAGAAAAGCCUGUCAAAGUAAGGCUAACAAGCAAAAUGCAACUAGACAUUGCAGAGCAGCCAGCAUCAGCAAAGACCUCUUCAAAUGGAUACAAGUCAGACGAUGCCUAUUUUUCAGCACCAAAAGUGACAUCAGAUUCUGCAUCCAAUAAGAUAAGAAUGUAUGAGGAAUGUAAAUCAACCUCCCUACCAAUUUCUGACAAAGUAACCAUCAUCGUGUUGGAAGCAAGCAGCCCGCAUGCCAUAAGUGUAGUUCCAUAUGAAUCUUUAGACUUGUAUGAUAAGUUGGAAGAAUUAAGUGUGACUAUGAACCAGUACUGUAAUAGCAGAGUAGGGCUAUAUAGACCACGUGUUGGUGAAAUGUGCCUUGCAAAAUUCAGUGAAGAUGAUCAGUGGUACCGAGGGGUGUGCAUAGGUAGUGACGUUGAAUCUGCAGCCGUGUUCUUCGUGGAUUAUGGAAACCAUGAAAGUGUUCCCCAUUCCAGGCUGUGUCAGAUUCCAGAUUCUUUCCUGGAAUUACCAUGCAUUGCUCUUCAUUGCAUUUUGAAAGGCAUAUCCGUAGAAGGUGUGCAAGAGAAGGCUUAUGAGCGCCUGCCGGAGCUGCUGCCGAAGAACACUCCCAUGAGCGUUAAGGUUGUGAGCCACAACGAAGAGGACGGGACAUAUGUUAUUGAUGUACCAUCGGUCGUUAAUAGCCUUGUGUCAGAAGGCCUCGUUUGUAGGGAGAGCUAGUUUGUAUUUCUCGUUUUUCUUUUUUCCUUUUUUCUUAAUGUCUUUGCUUUCGAUUCAUUUGGUCUUUCUUUAAUCUCUUUUCUGCUCAUUCUUUAAGACUUAAGAAUGAAUGAUUUCAUGAAGACAUAUAAUUAUUCUCUGUUUUGUUUGCUGAACCGCAUUUUCCUUAUUAUUGUAUAUUGAGUGAGAUGUUAUGUAAUUCUUUAUUACUUACCAAAGCUUGGUAUGUUAAACCUAUUCAUUAUCUCAGUUACAUUUUGAGUUUAUGUAAUAUAGUAUUUUUAUUCAUGCUGUUUAGAUGCAUAUUGUAGAAUUAGCCAGAAAAAAUAAAUAUCUUCUUUUUGAGUAAUUAAGUAAUAAUAAGUCUGAAUUACUAAUGCAUAAGGUAUAUUUUUACAUUUGAGAAACUUCCAUUGGAUGUUUUGCUUCCCCUUUACCUUCCUCAACCACACUGCCUCCUUCCCUUCUCUCUCUCCCAUUCUCCACCUCUCUUUGUUUUUUGUUUUUCUUCAUUUUCUCCUUUCAU